AUGGCAGAUCUUUUGGCAGAAGUUAGGAAACGCUUGACCUCCGAAGAUGAGGUUUCACGAAAACUCUUCCAACGCGAGUUACACGAAACAAUUGCCUCUGCUGAAACGCCAAAAGAGACGGCAAUCCGCUUAUCUCUCUAUCCUUUGCAAGCCGCAGCAGCUCGAAUAGGUCAUGACUUGAAGAUUUUCCAGACAUUGGAUACCAAAGGCCCUCAGACUCUGAAAGACCUGCAAGCUUCGACAGGCGCUCAUCCUCUGACCCUUGGCCGUCUGCUGAGAUACAUGGCUUCUGUUGGAUUAAUUCACCAGAGCGCGGCCGAUAGAUUCGAAGCAAACAGCAAAUGUCACCACCUUGCGGCUCCUGAGGCUAUCACAAUUGUGACGCAUUUCUUCGAGAACUGCGGUCCUCUCUUCCAGGAAAUGCCAGCGUUCUUGCGGAAGAACAACUACCAAGAUGUUACAGAUGGCAAGGCCACCGUCUUCCAGCCUGCAUACAAUACAGAGCUCGAUACCUACGCAUACUUUUCUCAACACCCCGAGAAUAUGCAGGCUCUUAUAAAGUACAUGGGUCUGGAGCAAGGUGUACGAGGUCGCUGGCUGCAGGAGUAUCCGUUUGAAAAGCAGACGCAAGGCUGGAACCCAAAUCCCGAGGAGGCGCUUUUCGUGGAUAUUGGUGGCAAUGUGGGACAUUAUUGUGCUUUGUUUAAAAGCAGAUUCUCUGAAAUCCCAGGCCGCAUCUUGUUGGAAGAUUUGACUGACACUUUGACUCAUGCUCUGCCGACGCCAGGAGUCGAGAAACUGGGACACGACUUUUUCCAGCCGCAGCCGAUUAAAGGUGCCAAAUUCUAUCAUCUAGGCUGGGUUCUGCGCAAUUGGAGCGAUGAGAAAGCAAAGACCAUCUUGCGCCAAAUCAAAUCGGCCAUGACGCCACGUUCUGUGCUGCUCAUAAAUGACAUGAUCCUUCCAGAAACGCAGAUUCCGCCAUUUGCCACUGCGCUGGACUUGGUCAUGCUGGGUGCAUGUGGUAGCCUAGAACGGACUGGGGAGCAGUGGAAGGAUCUGCUCAAGGAGGUCGGCUUGGAAAUCAAGGAGGCCAUUGUAUACGACCAUGAACUCUUCCAUGGUAUAAUCUCUGCGACAGUAGCAUAG